AUGGCGAUGGACACGGACACAAUACCGAACCUGCUCGGCGACGCGCGCGACCAGGCGCCCGAGGAGCUGCAGGAGUACUUCAUCGCCUUCGAGGACUACUGGGAGCGGAAGCUGUGGCACGAGCUGACGGACAAGCUGGUCGAGUUCUUCGAGCACCCGGACAGCGCCAAGCAGCGGAUACCGUUCUUUGAGACGUUCAUCAAGAGCUUCGCCAACAAGAUCAACCAGCUCAAGCUGGUCACACUGGGGCUGAGCGCCGCAACACAGUUCAAGGACGACAAGGAGCGCCUCGCCUUCGUGAACGCCCUCGCGGACAGCGUCAACAAGCCCGCCUCGCAGGAUGCCUACGUCUACGCCACAGUCGCCGCAGCCAGCAUCCAGCUGCGGUUACGCGACGAGGACGGCGCCAAGCAGAAGCUGGACGACUGCGAGCGCAUCCUCGACCACUUCGACUCGGUAGAGACGGUUGUGCACGCCAACUUCUACAAGACCAGCGCGCAGUACUACCAGUCCAAGCACGAGUUCGCCGCCUACUACAAAAACGCCCUCCUCUUUCUCGCCUGCGUCGACCUCGCCGACCUCGAGCUGCGCGACCGCCAGUCGCGCGCCUACGACCUCAGCAUCGCCGCCCUCGUCUCCGACUCCAUCUACAACUUCGGCGAGCUGCUCCUCCACCCCAUCCUCGACUCGCUCGUCAGCACCCCGCACGCCUGGCUGCGCGACCUGCUCUUCGCCUUCAACCGCGGUGACCUGAGCGCCUACGACGUGCUGUCGGGCAACAUCGCCAAGGUCCCGCUGCUGCAGGAGCACCAGACCUUCCUGUACCAGAAGAUCUCGCUCGCCGCCCUCACCGAGACCAUCUUCCGCCGCCCGCCCCACGACCGCGCCAUGACCUUCGCCGACAUCUCCGCCGAGACAAAGGUCCAGCCCAAGGAGAUCGAGCACCUGAUCAUGAAGGCCCUCAGCCUGGGGCUGGUGCGCGGCCAGAUCGACCAGGUCGCCGAGAUUGCGAGGAUCAACUGGGUCCAGCCCAAGGUCCUGGACAUGAAGCAGAUCGAGAGCAUGCGCGCGCGCCUCAAGGAGUGGGACGCGAGCGUGAACCAGCUAGGCAACUGGAUCGAGGGGGUCGGCAAGGACGUGUGGGCCGCGUAG